AUGUUGAAUUCCUACGAUUGUUCUUUGGUUCUUUAUUGUUCAAUCCCAAUUGUUUUCGGAAUUUGUUGGGGUCUCAAUGUCUAUUUUCUAAUGGGUCCAUCAAUCGAAACAGAUCAAGCUAUAAGAGAUAUUCUAUUAGUUUCUCUUGACAUGAAUUUGGAUGAAAUCGCUUAUAUUGGACCACGAUGUUAUGAGAAAACACUUAAUAAUCAAUAA